AUGGCGAACCGAGGCUACGAUGUCGUAGUAGAUGUGGAUGCAGAGGGCGACCUUGGCCAUACCGACCUGCAAGAAGACCUAGAAUUCCACCCCUCCAACUUCGAAAAUGACCAGAGAACCGCCAAAGUCCAAGGCGACUCCGCCCCGUUCCUGGGCGGCGGGUCAUCGCGCCGCCGUGACCGGUCUCCUGGCGGUACGCCGACCAAGCACAGCUGGUGGUCGCUGCACUACUACGAGCGAUUCUUCGACGUCGACACGAAUGAGGUCUUCCGCCGCUGUGUGGCGACGGUAUACCCACGCACCAACUUCCUCGAUGUGCUAGAGGGUAACGCAGACCUGUACGGGCCGAUCUGGAUCGCGACUACGGUGGUGGUUAUCCUAUUUUUGACGGGCACUAUCUCGCAAUGGCUGUCGAACAAUCACGACGAGCACUUCGAGUACGACUUCAGGUUGCUCUCGGGUGCGGCUGGUCUGGUCUAUGGGUACACCGGCAUCUUGCCAAUUGCCCUGUGGGGUGCGCUGCGUUGGUUCGGCAGCUCGACGGCUGACCUUAUCGAGUGCUGGGCUCUGUAUGGGUACUCCAAUUUGGUCUGGAUUGCCGUUGCUCUGGUCAGCUGGAGUCCGUUGACUGCGCUUAACUGGGCGCUUGUUGGCGUUGGCUUUGCUUGGAGUGUCUUCUUCCUUCUGCGGAACUUGUAUCCGGUCUUGAAUGCUACUGAUGCCAAGGCUAGCAAGAUCCUGUUGAUCUUGGUAGUUGUGCUACAUGCGGCACUGGCUAUUGCUAUCAAGGUGCUUUUCUUUGCCCACGGGAGCCCCGUCUCAAAGAAGAACAAGGACAAGGAUCACGAUGAUGACAAGGACGACAAGAAAGGAAUGAUGUUCCGGGUAUAA